CACAUGUGGCGCCGCCCUUCCAACUUUUGGCAAUUUCUAACGAGCACCAGCCACAGUUCCCGAAUUGUCGGGAACCGUGCACUGCCCUGACAGCCUGAGCUUAAUGCUCUUCCUUCGGCUCAUCCGACGCGCAGCAGGGCAUGCAGCUUUCGAUAUGCAGCCCUACGAGGCUUUUCACGUCUUUGGCUUUAUUACGAGAAGCCAUCGCCUGCACCGCAUCCCGACUGGGCGGGUGGAAAACGCCCGGCGAGGCUGUCGCCGGACGCCGUCCACCGUCUAUACCGACGCGCGAACUUCAACGUGCUUCACGAGACAAGCCGGACAAAUCCCUUCCAAAGUGACGAGGAUGGUCACCAUCCACUCCAUGGCUACGCCGGCUUCAAACGCCCUACCACUAACGCCGCUAUCUGCUUCUCCCGUCCAAACGCCGGGCCUCCGUCUCGCUCAUGGACUAAUACGUACGGAGUCCAUGGCAAGGCGGGUGUCACGGCAUGCCGCAUGCUCACGAUAGAAAGGCGCUUCGGUGCACGCCGGGACGACGCACAGGUGAUUAAAUAUACGAUAGGGCUGCAGCAAGCCGAGGAGCCACUGUCCCUCUGUAGGACAAGUAUGGAACAGGAACGAGCCAUAUCUGCCAUAUCAGAUGUCAGGACCCCGAGCCCCCGGUUCUUACGAGCCUUAGCAUCAUACAAGUCAAGCC